AUGUCACUGGAGAAAGAGUACAAGCCUGUAACGGUGGAAAAACCAAUAGAGAAUACUUUUGAUUUGGGAAACUUGGCAACAUUUGACCCAAAUCCUUUAUCUAAUGAACUUUUAAACAGCAAGAAUGAAAAUGAAAAAGAACAGUACCUCACCUCGGUAACAAGGGAUAAUGUGCAGCUCUUGGUGAACCAAAUACUUUCAUUGCCAUUAAAGACCACUACAGAUAAUCAAGGCUCACUGACGGGUCAAUCUUCGUCAAUGACUUUGGUGCAGUUGCCAGAACCAACUACACCAUUGCCACGAGAAAAGGCAAUCCCCAAGGCUAAGCCAAAGACCAAGUGGGAAGAGUUUGCAGCUAGAAAAGGUAUCAAGGCCAAGACCAAGGACGGAAAAUUGGUGUAUGAUGAGGAGAAAGGUGAAUGGGUAUCUAAAUGGGGAUACAAGGGUAACAAUAAGAAGUUGGACGAUCAGUGGUUGGUUGAAUUGAACGACGAUGACGACAAAAAGGGCAAGAAGAGGUCCAACGGCGAAGAUGAAUUGAUCGAUCCAAGGACAUUGGCCAGAGCCGAGAGGAAGAAACUAAUAAAAAAGAAUGAGUUGCAACAUAAGCGAAAUUUGAAGAAUGCUUCGAAAUAG